AACGCUUCUUUCUUUAACGUUGUCUUACCAGCUAACAGCAUCCAGCUAGUUUAGCACCAGGCUAGCUGAGCAGCUAGCCCGCAGACUCAGAAACAUCUGUUUACUGUCUUUGUUGAUGGAUUCUUCUUGAAUUGAUCGAAGUCAUCAGUCGUUGAAGGACUAAACCCGGAUCCAGGCCGAAGACUGAAUAAAACCUCUGAUCGGAGGGUUUCAUCGCUUCAUCAUCGAGGCUCGUGUCUCCUGUUUGGGCGUUUCUGACCCGUUAAACCAUGCAGUUCAUGCUGCUGUUCAGCAGGCAGGGGAAGCUGCGUUUACAGAAAUGGUACGUUCCCCUGUCUGACAAGGAGAGGAAGAAGAUCUCCAGAGACCUGGUCCAGACCAUCCUGGCCCGGAAGCCGAAGAUGUGCAGCUUCUUGGAGUGGAGGGAUCUUAAGAUUGUGUACAAGAGAUAUGCGAGUUUGUAUUUCUGCUGUGCCGUGGAGGACCAGGACAAUGAGUUGAUCACACUGGAGAUCAUCCACCGAUACGUGGAGCUGCUGGACAAAUACUUUGGCAGCGUGUGCGAGCUGGAUAUAAUCUUCAACUUUGAGAAGGCGUACUUCAUCCUGGACGAGUUCCUGCUGGGCGGAGAAGCUCAGGAGACGUCCAAGAAGAACGUGCUGAAGGCCAUCGAGCAGGCGGACCUGCUGCAGGAGGAGGCCGAGGCACCACGCAGUGUUCUUGAAGAAAUUGGGCUCACAUAAACCAUCUUGCCGCUGCUGCCGCUGCAUCGCAGCUCCUUCUCCCAGAUGUUCAUCUGGAAACGUCCAUGUCUCCAUCCUGUCCUCUCCUGAUUGUGUCAGUGUUGUAUGUAUAAAAUCACCCCGUGUACUGUACUUUCCCGUUCUGUGCUUUGAAUGUGGUGCCAAAACUGUGGUUUUGAUGUGUUCCCAAUGUACAAGCUCCCUCACUGUGUUCUGCAUCAUUAUAAGCCAACAUCCCUCCCUUUACUUCUUCAAACUCCACAAAGAAACAAGUAGCAGACAUGAAAACAUCUUAUUAAGAUCAUCCAUUGUUACAGACUUCUGAGUCCUGUGGUGCCGUUUGGUUUAAAGGUUUUCAGAGGUCAGGGUUUGCCUAACCCAUUCUGCUGCUGUACCUCGUAUAGGCUUCUACAGUAUUGGAUUCAGUCAUUAAUGAAAUAAUGAACCAUCUUUGAGAAAACAAGAGGAUCUUUUUUUACAAACUUUACAGCUCUUCUGACAGUAUUCCCGGGAUCCUUUAAGACUCUCACACAUUCAUCAGGAUUAAUAAAAAGGAAUCUGUUUGAUAUAAUGGAGGUACUUGUUUCCAAAGAUGACUCUUUAUUCUAUUCCAGAAAUUACAAUGAACAAAGGAACAAACGUAGCAGAGUGUAAGUGUGUAAAGUUUAGUUCUAGAGAAAUGAAGUACCCCUGUGAUUUUGGGCUUUUGUCUUUGCAUGAAGAACAAAGCAGACGUCAUGAACCAGGCUGGCCUCAGACGUAAUAUAUGGGAGGCAGCGACGGGCUGUUGUGGACAUCUUUGACGCUCUUACAAUCACGGGAACAAGAAUCAAACCAAUCGUUAGAAAAGUAUUCAUAACCCGCUCGUGUUUGGUGUUUCUUUAUUUGAACCCUUUUUAUUUCCUUUAAAGAUAGUUCAGCUGUUUAAAUAUAAUCAGUGUUGCGUAAAACUGUCGUCUUAACUCUGUUGACUGAUUUUGUUUACAAAAAAUUGUAAUGGCCGACAGAUACAUCCAAGGUCAGUCCCUCCCUGAGUCUUAGAUCAGGAUAGGAUAGAGAAAGUGUGCUUUAGGAAACUUUGGCUUACUGUAUAAGAUUAACACGACCAAAGAACACUGUGUUUUACCUUCUCAAUGGUGUCUAAGGAAGGCAAACAUGGCAGAAAGGGAUUUAAUGCUGCAGGAUGCUGAAAGGUGUAACAGGGCCGCCGUUUACCAGCAUUGUAAUUAUUGUAAUGAGUCAUCUCAAUCUGAUUAGAUCUCUUCUGAGUGUCAUUGUGGGGAAAGAGGAAGAAAAACUGCACAUAUCAGGGUUAUCAUUAAUCUUCAUCACGUGUUGGUAGAAAGCAGGCCAGCAGGUAUUGAUCAUCUCAAAGUGAGUGGCAGUCAUAUUUUUUAUCUCCAUAAUUAAAGUAUUUUUGUUGAAA